CCGUGCCGCGGCCCUCCCCGUCCGGAGCCCGGAUGAGCCGUAACGCCAUUACGGCGGGAUCCGCUUAGCGUGUUCUCAAAGCUGGCCUGGGCACCGGACGGGCCGCCAUGCGACUGCUCCGCCGCCUGCUGCUGCUGCUGCUGCUGCUCGUCCCCGCCGUGCUGCAGCGGGGUGGCCCGCCAGGUUCCUUAGCCAAGGCUCAAGACCUGACGGAGGAUGAGGAAACAGUGGAAGACUCGGUCAUUGAAGAUGAAGAUGAUGAGGCCGAAGUAGAGGAAGAUGACCCCACAGAUUUGACAGAAGAUAAGGAAGAAGAGGAUGUACCGGGUGAGCCUGAGGCUUCACCAAGUGCAGACACAACCAUCUUGUUCGUGAAAGGAGAAGAUUUUCCAGCAAAUAACAUUGUGAAGUUCCUGGUGGGCUUCACCAACAAGGGCACAGAAGAUUUUAUUGUGGAGUCCCUGGAUGCCUCCUUCCGGUACCCUCAGGACUACCAAUUUUAUAUACAAAAUUUCACAGCUCUGCCUCUGAACACGAUAGUGCCACCGCAGAGACAAGCGACUUUUGAGUACUCCUUCAUCCCUGCAGAGCCCAUGGGUGGCCGACCCUUCGGGCUGGUCAUCAACCUGAACUACAAGGAUUUCAAUGGCAAUGUAUUUCAAGAUGCUGUCUUCAAUCAAACAGUUACCGUUAUUGAAAGAGAGGAUGGAUUAGAUGGAGAGACAGUCUUCAUGUACAUGUUCCUCGCCGGCCUCGGGCUCCUGGUGCUUGUUGGUCUUCACCAGCUGCUGGAGUCCAGAAAGCGUAAGAGGCCGAUACAGAAAGUGGAAAUGGGCACCUCAAGUCAGAACGAUGUGGACAUGAGUUGGAUUCCGCAGGAAACCUUGAAUCAGAUCAAUAAGGCUUCGCCGAGAAGGCUGCCCAGGAAGCGGCUACAGAAGAGGUCUGCGGGCUCUGACGAGUGACACCCUGGUGCAGCUCCGUCAGCGCUUGCCCUGCCGCGCAUGGCUCGGUGCGGACGCCGUGUCCCCGCAGAAGGCGCCUGCUCCUUACGCGUGGCCUGGGCAGGCAGUCUGGCGUUAAUGCACUGCAUUCAUUUUUCUAAAGUAACAAAUCUGGUUUUUUAAAAACCAUUAAAAUCUGUGUGUGCGUGUGCGUGUAUGUGA